CGCGCGCAGGGCUGUUUGGGGGCGCUUGAGGCGCACAAUCCGGGGCAGGCGGAACCUUAGUCCUCAGUCCCGCGUUUCCCGCGACUCCGCUCUCACCGCUACACUACCACAUAGACGGCCUCCUUCCCCCCACCCCCGGGGGCCCAUGCCAGUGCCGGGCUCCGGAGUUCGGGACUGCUAAUUUCAGCGAAACGAUUAAGAGACUCCCGAACAGCGGACGACACUCCCUCUCCUCCGGCAGGGAAAGGUGUCCAGCGUAGCGUCUCCCACGCUUCCCCGCCAGCCCAGAGCAGGCCCCACAAAAGCUCACGCCGCCGGCGCGCGUGCCGCCCCGCCCCCACGGCCAGUAGCCAGCCGCGCCCCGCGCUCGCCCGCCCCCGCCUCCCUGGCCCUCGACCCUCGUUCCGUUGGAGGGGCCUCAGGCGAGCACUAGCGAGCCGUUGGCCGGAGGGAAGCCGGAGGAGACAAGGUCGACUGGGCAGAGCGGCAGAGGGUCGGGGAGCCUGCUCUGCACGCCCAGGGAGUAGAAGCGGGCAGGGAGCAGGGUUACGUGAGGGAGCGCGCCGCGACUGAGCUUGGGUCCGACUGGAGCUCAGGCUCAGGACCCAGACUGGUGGGCCAGGCCUUCAAGCCGGCCUUACACCCGAUCCAAGGAGGACACACCGGACGCAGAGGGACGGAGCGAGCAAGGAGACAUGGCUUCAUCAUUCCUGCCCGCGGGGGCCACCACCGGCGACAGCGGUGGAGAGCUGAGCUCAGGGGACGACUCCGGGGAGGUGGAGUUCCCCCAUAGCCCUGAGAUCGAGGAGUCCAGUUGCCUGGCCGAGCUGUUUGAGAAGGCUGCCGCGCACCUGCAAGGCCUAAUUCAGGUGGCCAGCAGGGAGCAGCUUUUGUACCUGUAUGCCAGGUACAAACAGGUCAAAGUUGGAAAUUGCAAUACUCCUAAACCAAGCUUCUUUGAUUUUGAAGGAAAGCAAAAAUGGGAAGCAUGGAAAGCACUUGGUGAUUCAAGCCCCAGCCAAGCAAUGCAGGAAUAUAUUGCAGUAGUUAAAAAACUAGAUCCAGGUUGGAAUCCUCAGAUACCAGAGAAAAAAGGAAAAGAAGCAAAUACUGGUUUUGGUGGGCCAGUUAUUAGUUCUCUAUAUCAUGAAGAAACCAUCAGGGAAGAAGACAAAAAUAUAUUUGAUUACUGCAGGGAAAACAACAUUGACCAUAUAACCAAAGCCAUCAAAUCGAAAAAUGUGGAUGUGAAUGUGAAAGAUGAAGAGGGUAGGGCUCUACUUCACUGGGCCUGUGAUCGAGGACAUAAGGAACUAGUCACAGUCUUGCUGCAACAUAGAGCUGACAUUAACUGUCAGGACAAUGAAGGCCAAACAGCUCUACAUUAUGCCUCUGCCUGUGAGUUUCUGGAUAUUGUAGAGCUGCUGCUCCAGUCUGGUGCUGACCCCACUCUCCGAGACCAGGAUGGCUGCCUGCCGGAGGAGGUGACAGGCUGCAAAACAGUUUCUUUGGUGUUGCAGCGGCACACAACUGGCAAGGCUUAAUCAAAAGACUGGAAAACCACAGUCUGUAAUAGCAUAAGGUUUCCAUUAUGAAAGAAAACUACAAAAAUAAUACUUCUUUUUCUGCCCAUCUUUGGUAUGUAUUGGCUAAUAAAAUCAGUUCUGUGGAACUGGGA